CUCCCUCCCGGUGAAAGACAGACUGCGGGGCGCCUAGAAACCGGUUGGAGGGCGCGCGAGGGAGAGGAGAGGCUGCGAGUUGAGGGAUUGACACAAAUGGUCAGGCGGCGGCGGAGAAGGAGGAGGCGGAGGCGCAGGGGGGACCCAGGGCCGCUGGGCUGCCGAGAGUUGGGCGCUCCUCUGCCCGGCUGCGGCCACUAGCGCGGCGCCGCUGGACAAGAGCCACAGCCUGCCGCGGGGCCAGGGAAGAGGGACGCGACCCCGGCGCGCCUGGACCACUCGCGCUCUCCUCGCCGCCCGCGAUUCAUGAACCGCAAGUUUCCGCGGCGGCGGCGGCGGCUGCGGGACGCGGAGCAGAAUCCCGGGGAGCGAGCAGAGAGCGGCCGCACCCCGACGGAGGGCACGGGCGACCAGCUCUCCCCGAACACAGUGGGAGCCACCACCCGCCGCGCCGCUGCCCGCCCCAGUCGAUCGGCGCCGAGGAGGGAGCCGAAAAAGUAUGGCUGAGGAGGCGGCGCCUAGCGAGUCCCGGGCCGCCGGCCGGCUGAGCUUGGAACUUUGUGCCGGAGCACUCCCGGGCCGGCGGGAGGAGGUGGGGCACAGGGACACGGCCAGCCACCGCCGCCCCCGGGCUGAUCCCCGGCGCUGGGCUAGCGGGCUGCUGCUGCUGCUUUGGCUGCUGGAGGCUCCUCUGCUUUUGGGGGUCCGAGCGCAGGCGGCGGGCCAGGUAUCCGGGCCGGGCCAGCAAGCCCCGCCGCCGCCCCAGCCCCAGCAGAGCGGGCAGCAGUACAACGGCGAACGGGGCAUCUCCAUCCCGGACCACGGCUACUGCCAGCCCAUCUCCAUCCCGCUGUGCACGGACAUCGCGUACAACCAGACCAUCAUGCCCAACCUGCUGGGCCACACGAAUCAGGAGGACGCCGGUCUGGAGGUGCACCAGUUCUACCCGCUGGUGAAGGUGCAGUGCUCCGCCGAGCUCAAGUUCUUCCUGUGCUCCAUGUACGCGCCUGUGUGCACCGUACUGGAGCAGGCGCUGCCGCCCUGCCGCUCCCUGUGCGAGCGCGCACGCCAGGGCUGCGAGGCGCUCAUGAACAAGUUCGGCUUCCAGUGGCCAGACACGCUCAAGUGCGAGAAGUUCCCGGUGCACGGCGCAGGAGAGCUGUGCGUGGGCCAGAACACGUCCGACAAAGGCACCCCAACUCCCUCCUUGCUGCCGGAGUUCUGGACCAGCAAUCCGCAGCACGGCGGCGGUGGUUACCGCGGCGGCUACCCGGGGGGUGCCGGGACGGUGGAGCGGGGAAAGUUCUCCUGCCCGCGCGCCCUCAGGGUGCCCUCCUACCUCAACUACCACUUUCUGGGGGAGAAGGACUGUGGCGCACCCUGCGAACCCACCAAGGUAUACGGGCUCAUGUACUUCGGGCCCGAGGAGCUGCGCUUCUCGCGCACCUGGAUAGGCAUCUGGUCCGUGCUGUGCUGCGCCUCCACGCUCUUCACGGUGCUCACGUACCUAGUGGACAUGAGGCGCUUCAGCUACCCGGAACGGCCCAUCAUUUUCCUGUCCGGCUGUUACACAGCGGUGGCGGUGGCCUACAUCGCCGGCUUUCUCUUGGAGGACCGGGUGGUGUGUAAUGACAAGUUUGCAGAGGACGGGGCGCGCACGGUGGCGCAGGGCACUAAGAAAGAAGGCUGCACUAUACUCUUUAUGAUGCUCUACUUCUUCAGUAUGGCCAGCUCCAUCUGGUGGGUAAUCCUGUCCCUCACCUGGUUCCUGGCAGCCGGCAUGAAGUGGGGCCACGAAGCCAUCGAGGCCAACUCACAGUAUUUCCACCUAGCCGCCUGGGCUGUGCCAGCCAUCAAAACUAUAACCAUCUUGGCGUUGGGCCAGGUGGAUGGCGACGUACUGAGCGGAGUGUGUUUUGUGGGGCUCAACAACGUGGACGCGCUGCGUGGCUUUGUGCUGGCGCCUCUCUUCGUUUAUCUGUUCAUCGGCACCUCUUUCCUGCUGGCCGGUUUCGUGUCACUCUUCCGCAUCCGCACCAUCAUGAAGCAUGACGGCACCAAGACAGAGAAGCUGGAGAAGCUGAUGGUGCGCAUCGGAGUCUUCAGUGUGCUCUACACCGUGCCGGCCACCAUCGUCAUCGCCUGCUACUUCUAUGAACAGGCCUUUCGGGACCAGUGGGAGCGCAGCUGGGUGGCCCAGAGCUGCAAGAGUUAUGCCAUCCCUUGCCCUCACCUCCAGGGAGGUGGAGGUGUCCCACCACACCCGCCCAUGAGCCCCGACUUUACAGUCUUCAUGAUCAAGUAUCUCAUGACGCUGAUUGUGGGCAUCACAUCGGGCUUCUGGAUCUGGUCUGGCAAGACACUGAAUUCCUGGAGGAAGUUCUACACGAGGCUUACCAACAGCAAACAGGGGGAGACUACCGUCUGAAACAUAGACCUUUACCUUACCUUUUUUUGGCCUGAUCCUAGCCAUUGCCUGGAAGCUGGCCCCAAGGAAUUCCUGCCAAGCCUGACCACUCCAGGCUUCCUCACCAGACACUGACUUUCGCGGGCCUCCUUUCCAACAAACAGCACAGGUCCUGCAAAAGCUUCCGUCCCUGGGGUAAAGGAAGGAGAGGGCCCAACUGAUAGAGGCGCGCGCGCGUGUGUGUGUGUGUGUGUGUGUGUGUGUGUGUGUGUGUGUGUGUGUGUACCUAUCUCUCUAGCCCUCGCUCUGAUACCAGGACUGUACGCUUUUAUGAUUGUAAAUAGCCUGUGUAAAAUUUUUGUACGUAUAUUUGUAUUUAAAGACUAUCGAACGCGCGUUUUUUUUUUUUCUUUUUCAAUAUGUUUAAUUAUUUAGGGCGAUUUAAGUAUUUGGAGCUUUUCUCACUUGCCCUUUUCUGCAGACUGCAGAGGAGGUAAAACAGAGCACAUUUGCUAAGUGCUUUGCCCUGUGCCCUCAUCCUUGUCAAGGGAGCAUGGCCUGCCUCUCCUGGGUCAUUUCCUUCAGCGUCUCCCGCCCCUCCCCUUCCUUGCUUGCAGUGGGAAAUUUUAAGGUGCAGAACUUCAUAAAGCUUCCAGAUCCCGAGGUGGGCCCCGCCCAUUCCAGUUCCUCCCCUCUUCAGCGGUAGAGUGUGGAGGGCUGUCCCUGUGAGUUCCUGAUGCUGCUUAUUUGAGAUCCACCUUCCAACUUCAUUAGAGGACCCCAGCAUGGGCUCUGCCAGUUGACCCAGCCUCCCUGUCCCCUGGUGUCCCUCUCCCAGUUUCUUCCUCCUUGCACCUAAGUUGGUCAGAGAGAGUGCAGUAACCACCGAUAGAAAACUUUGGAAAGUCUGACUUUUUAUGGAUGAGCUCAUUUUUACUCUCUAGUAUCUGGAACUUGCUAUGGGUCUGGUCAUCAUCAUUGAAUGAGCAGCAAGCCUUGUGGGUUGGGAGAGGCUAAAGAGAAAGGUUAUAAAACAUUAGUUCUAGUUGCAUUCUCAUGUCUGGCAACCUGCUUUCUUCCCCCCUGUGAUGCUGCCUGCAUUUUACCAUUCUAUGAAAUACAGAUCUCAAGGUCACCUGGGAAGCUUGGUGAAGGAAUUGGUCUACAUUCCUAAACAGGAUAGUAGAACAUACACAGAGUAUGGAAACAGAAGAUUUCAGUGGAGUGGAGUUCCUCCAAGUGAGACGCUGUUUUCUGGUUUUAACCAAACUGCAAUUAGACAUAUAUAUCAGUCUUCACAAUCUAAAAGUUGUACACAGUCAACAGCAUACUAUGCUUACUCCUCAGCAGCACAUUCUGAGGGAGGAACAGCCACACAUCCCGCAGAAAGCCUGGUUGGACUUCCGAAGACAGAGGCGGUGGACUGAUGGAUGGGUGAGAGACAACCACGACCUAGGCAUGCAUGCUGAAGGGGAAGUGUGUCCAUUCCUACUGCAUCCCAUCUUGUGUGCUCCUGUCUGGAUUCACAGCAGUGUGUCAAAUGUAAAUCUCUCAAAGCCAUUUAAAAAUACUUUAGUUCUCGAUGAAGAAGAGGAGAAAAGCAAUCCUCCUGAUUGUAGUGUUUAAACUUUAAGAAUUUAUCACAAAUGCCGGUACAUACAUAGGACCUAAAUUUAUCUAUGUCUGUCAUACCCUAAAAUGACAUUGGUUUUUGGAUUUGGUAUGCAUUAUUAUUAUUAUUAUUGUUAUUAUUAUUCUCACCACCAUGAGAUCAUCUAUAUUUAUAGAGGAAUAGAAGUUUAUAUAUAUAAAAUGCCAUAUUUUUAAUUUCGCAAAUAAAAAAAUGAAAGUUUUGUACGAAAUUACAUUGUUUUUGUGCCUGAAAACAAUGGUCCUAUCUGAACUGCCUUUACAUUUUUCAAUGCCUCACAACCAGUCCACAAUAUACAAACCUAAAACAUUCAAUGGAAAAACCCACCCUUGCAAAGAGCAACCCGUCUACCUUCUGAAUGGCAUUUGUAGAGUCCCAUGCCAAGACUGUUUUCACGGCAGCAGAAAAUAGGUUAUUUUCAAACAAUAUUAUUAUUAAAGUCUAACUCUAAUUUUAACACUGAGGCUUUUUUUUUCUUUCAGGGAAUACAUUUACAUGACUUUUAUUUGACAGGGGUUU